AUGCACCGCGGUUUACCCGAAGACGGGACCCUAUCAACCGACAUGGUAAUCUCACGCUCCGGCGGGACUACCACGAUAUCGCUGAAUACUCAAAACACAAACAAUGGCCUCAAUUUCGAUCUUCGUGCACAGUCAUCACCUCCAACACGGACUACGCACUCAAGGAGAAUUGGGUUCUUCAAUCCAGUGAAACGACGGCAUCAUCUGGUACGAAUUCGUUCUAACUCGGAUCAUAAUUCAUUCGUGACCGCACUCAACAAAAAGAAACGUCUGAAUUUUAAAACAAGGAUAAUUCCUCUUCUAGGACCUGACGAAAACCCGGUGGUAUCGAGUGAUGCAAGUCACAAGAAAGUACCUCAGGAAACCCUACGAUGUUGUUUUCUCAAUAAGCGACGAUGCUGUUCUUUCCCUUCCUUGAGACCGGAAGAGGAAACGAGGCCAAGAUGUUUCCGAGACCUUUUGAAACCCGAGGAUCUCAUUCCACCUCGCAGGGUCGUCCCACCACCCUAUCCAAAAUUGCUUUCUGUUCAAAAUCCAAUGGAUCCAUCAAGAACUAGCCAUUUCUCCCCGAUACAUCCUAAAGAAGAGGAUUUGGAAGACAUCUCUCCAAGUUGGGAGGUAAACUAUUUGGAAGGCAGCGGCACGAAUUGGAACACUGGAUAUGAAGAGAAUAAUAACACCGACAAUAUCUUUCUCGAAGAGUCGACUUCUGCAAGAAACGGUCCACUUGCAAAUGAAGUACGUGAUCACUAUGAUCCUGACUAUUAUUCGCAAAUUUUCCGUGGAUACGAUUACCACAAUUACGCUUCAUUGGCGCCACACGCCGUUGUCGCUGGGUCUCCUUGGGAAUGUUACGGUUCUCUAGUUAGUUACUCACCGUUCGUUCAUCCAUAUCAACCUGCUCCUUCGUACCGCCCUAGCUCUAGUGGCAAACCCAACAAGAUGACGUGGGAUGUACAUUUCCAUGAUUACUAUCUGCCACCACCACCACCUCCUCCUUCACAUUUUGAUCGACCUGAGCUUCCACAAUCUUCCGUUCCUCUCCCGCCACCACCUUUGCCUUGA